GAUACAAGCUGCAGGCUCAACACUACUGCUUUACAAUUUUCCAGUGACAAAUUUCACAGUUAUAUAAACUUGUACCCUUGUUAACCUUAGUGCUCAACAGUAGGAAGAUUAUACAGAUAUUAAGUCAAGAUGUCAAUGUGGAAAGCAACUGUUGGGAGAGAUGUUAAAAUAAAUAAUAAGAAUGGUGCAGAUGAUGAUGAUUGGGAGACAGAUCCAGACUUUAUUAAUGAUGUAACAGAAGAGGAACAGCGAUGGGGCUCUAAGACUAUUGAGGGAUCUGGCCGUACAGCUGGUGCUAUUGACAUUGCUGAUUUGAGAGCAAGGGUCACUCAAGAUGAUGCUGAUUUCAAGAAGAAGGAGAUGGAGUCAGGGCCCAAGGCUUCUUUUGGAUAUGGGGGAAAGUUUGGUGUACAGCAAGACAGAAUGGACAGGUCUGCUGUAGGACAUGAUUAUGUAGCUAAAGUGGAGAAACACGUGUCACAGACAGAUGCUGUAAAGGGGUUUGGUGGAAAGUAUGGGGUGCAAAAAGACCGAAAAGAUAAGUCUGCACUUGGAUGGGAUUAUCAUGAAAAACUGGAGAAACAUGCUUCUCAGAAAGAUUAUGCUACAGGAUUUGGUGGGAAGUAUGGAGUUCAAGAAGAUCGAAAAGAUAAGUCAGCACUUGGAUGGGAUUAUCAUGAAAAAUCACAGAAACAUGAAUCACAGACUGAUUAUGCAAAAGGUUUUGGUGGAAAAUAUGGAGUUCAAGAAGAUCGAAAAGAUAAGUCAGCACUCGGAUGGGAUUAUCAUGAAAAAUCACAGAAACAUGAAUCACAGACUGAUUAUGCAAAAGGUUUUGGCGGAAAAUAUGGUGUUCAAGGAGAUCGACAAGAUAAGUCAGCACUUGGAUGGGAGUAUCACGAAAAAACACAGAAACAUGAAUCGCAGACUGAUUAUACAAAAGGUUUUGGUGGAAAAUAUGGUGUUCAAGAAGAUCGACAAGAUAAGUCGGCACUUGGAUGGGAGUAUCACGAAAAAACUGAUAAACAUUCGUCCCAGAAAGACUAUUCUCAAGGAUUUGGAGGAAAAUAUGGUGUUCAAGUAGACAGAAAGGACAAGUCAGCUCAUGGAUGGGAAGAAGUUACCAAGACAGAAGCACAUCCUUCUCAAGUGGACAUGAAAAAGGGUUUUGGAGGCAAAUAUGGAAUCCAGUCAGAAAAUCAAGAUAAGUCAGCAUUACCUUACACAGAUGUAGAAAAGCCCAAGUCUUCCUACGAAAAGGUGAAGCCAGAAUUAGUUCCACAGAAAGCUACUGGCCUCAGAGCCAAGUUUGAAAAUCUCGCACAAGCUGAAAAAGAAGAUGCAAAUAAACGAGCAGAAGAGGAAAGAGCAAAAAGAUUGGCAAGGGAACAACGAGAAAGAGAAGAAGCUAAAAAGGCAGAGGAGGAAAGACAAAAAAAAUUAGCUGAAGAAAGAAGAAACAUGCCUGAAGAAAUAGAGGAUCAACCACAAGAAAAGGCUUUAUCUUCAUCUGAAGAAGAAACACCUAAAGGUCCCUACAUUCCAGCAGGAGCUCAAUCUGUCAUUCCUCAAAGUCUGGUCAUGCGACAUAUGCCAGAAGAGCCUCAGGAACCAGUUCAGCCAUCAGUCAUAACUGAGGAAAUUCAGCCACCCAGUCAGUUUGAAGAUGAAUCAAAACCUAGUCAGGAACCUCAGGAAGAAGUGCACUAUGAAACACUUCAGCCUGUAGAGGAGAUUCAACAGAGUUUUGAAGUGCCUGUUGGAUCAGGAAUUACUGCAGUUGCUUUGUAUGACUAUCAAGCUGCUGAUAUUGAUGAAAUAUCAUUUGAUCCAGAUGAUAUCAUCACAAACAUAGAAAUGAUUGAUGAGGGCUGGUGGAGAGGAGAAUGCCGAGGUAUACUUGGAUUGUUUCCAGCUAAUUACGUUGAGCUUCUUAAUCAGUGACAUGCAGCAAAGCAAAAGGAACUGUGGUGCAAAGGAAAUAAAUAGUUUCUUGCCUGCAGUGUAUGAAUUAAACUAUAUUUUUGUCAAUUUUUUUCUGGAAGAAUAUUGAGUAGACUUAAAUAAAUUCAAACAGGCAAAUUACUGUCGCUCAUAUUAUGUCUACAUUUGGUAUCAUCAUUUAUUUGUAUGAUAUAUGUUUCUUUAAAAUGAUUUAAACAAGGUGGAAUACAAAAUAUUCAUCAAUUUUUGCAAAUAAAUAUAUUUUUAAUAAUAAUAAAAAAGAAAUGGAAGUAUGAAUAAUAUUUUCCAUGGUUUCUAGAAAUAUGAUAAUUUCUUCAAAUGUGUUCUGGAAAGUAGUUUUUUGCUUCCUCUAACAUUAAAUUUCAAGUUCAUUAAGCUGACAAGAGGUCUUCCAAUUGUGUCUUAUGAAAUCAGCUGUAACUCGAAGUUUUAUUUUUCUUCAUGUGAUUUACAGUACUAUAUAGUUGUAAUCCAAACAACAUAAAAGAAAAAUAUAUUUUUUAACUCUUGUUUAUGAACAUAAUUUUUCUUGUAAAAUAAAGCUUUAAAAUUUCCUUUCAUGGUAAUAAACAGGUAACACGCAUGGUAGAAUAUUAUUGUUCUGUUUGUUUCUUUGUCAUAUGGGUAAAUUAGGGUCUACCUUUAUAAAAAAAUAAUUUAAAAAGUAAAAUAGAGGACAAAACUUUACUUUGUGUUGAAAUAGGAAUACAGUGUCCACAAAGUAUUAUGAGUAAUUGUUGUUUAGUUGUACAGUUAGCAAUCGUUUAUUCAGCCUUCUUACUCAGUCCGUUGCUUAUCUUUAUCAAGCUGAAAGUACUUGACAAACAACUCCAAAAUGUGUGUUAUAUCUUCCUUAGUUUUAAAGUGUUUUGUCUAAGUGUGUUUUUUUUUCUAAGAUGCAUUAUGUUGUAUGAUAAAACUUGUAUGUUCAGAAAACCUGAACCCUUGGUUUGAUUUAGUAUUAGCUUUGUUUCUCAGUUAUCCUAAUGUAUAGUGGUAAAAAUUCCAAAUCCUAGUGAACAUAUUUUUUAAGUAUUACAUACACAUUUUUUGAAAAAAUCCUCCCAUGCAUAUGUUGUUCAUCACUGAAAGCAUUUUAGGCUACUUUGUGCAUUGUAUGUUAAAAAGAAUUUAACAUAAAGCAUGCACUACUAUCAUCUAUUCACAUCAGAAAAUGCUGGUGCUUAAAAAUGUUAUCCUGUUUGUUCUUCACAAAACAUUUAAAGAAAAUGUUUUAUAUGAUAUUCUAUGUAUCUGUUACAUAAUUCUAACAAAUACUUACAAUCUAGAUUUUUUUGAUAGAUGUUUGAAAAUUGAGCUUAUUUUGAUUGAAUUAAGAAAAAUUCCCGUUAAAUAAACAAUGUAAUGGGGAGGUUUGGGGGUUAAAACAAAAUAAAAAAUUUAUUUUAA